UUUCGUUGGACUGCAGGGUCCUACAUCUACUUCGAAACCUCUUCUCCCGCUGUAUCACGUGACAACGCUAAGCUUUUACUCACUGUUCCCGGGGGAGCUGCUUGUCUCGUUUUCUAUUAUCAUAUGUUUGGAUCAGGAAUGGGCACGCUGAAUGUUUUCGAUGGAAGCACCAACGUUUUUACCAAGACUGGUAACAAAGGGAAUGCCUGGCAUAAAGCUGAAGUAACUGUCAACUCGAAAAAAGUGAGUACAUUUUUGUCAUGACGGUUGAACGAACUCAACUGUGACUGGUGCGCCCACUCUGAUCAGUACCUACUUAUUACCUGUUAACUUUGAGCCAGGGGUGUGGCUCACUCCCUUAUUUGGUUCACAAAACCUUAAGUUUCGCUAUUUAGCGUCUUGAACAAGGUGUGAUUCGGCACCAGAAACUUUUAAAAGAGUGUGAAGAUCUGCGAUGAGCAUUUUAAUCAUUAAAUGUUAAAUUUAUUUGGCACAAACCUAAUUUUCUUUGUCUUGCUUAAGAAAGAAUUUAGGUCACAUCAAAUUCUACUUUCUAUGUCAAUUUAAAUCUUUUAAUUUGUUUGGUUGAUUUGUGUUGGAUUUAGUUAACUUUUGAGGGAAUCAAAGGAACGUCCUGGCAAUCAGAUAUUGCAAUUGACGAUGUUUCGGUUAAACCCGGAAGAUGUGGAGGAGGGCCAUUACCACCGACACCACCACCCCCAAGCACUCCACCUCCACCCUCCCCAGGACCAGGUUUGUACCUAAACAUUAUGCUAAUUAAAAAGAGAAAUCUGUCUUUGAAAGUAGUGGAUAAUUGGGGAUGGUUUCUUUAACCGGGCUGCUUCUGUUUGCUGGGCUUGCUCGCUUUGCUUAGGUAACUUUGAUCACGCUAUCACAUGACCCCAGAGCUCUCAUGUUUGUCGUUACAGUCUCCUGUGAAACAUGCUGCACUGCUGUUGCUGAUAUAAGGGUCUCAGUGGGGUGGUAGCUUUGACGGUUAACGGUUAUUAAGUGGAAAUUUAGUCCAAGAGUUUUAGCAAAUGAAGUUUGUUUUCGUAGACUCAACGUUUUAUUGUUGACGUUUAUAAAUUACAAAAUCAACAACAACCAUCAAACCAACGUUAGUAGUUCGAUGGCAAGAACAGAGAAUUAGCAUUCAGAGCGGAGCUCCACGCGCGAGUAAACCGCCCCCGAUCGGAGCCUUAGUAGCCCCCUUACCUAAGAAAUUUGGUAAUCUGUGAAUCCGAGAAAUUUUAGAAAUCACGUGACCGUACGUCCACACCAGGAAAACAAAUGAGAAAAGUCAAACUUUCCAGCUGUUGUGGGAGCCUGUGACUUGUGUUUAACCAGAUGAUAGACAUCCAUCGAGGUCAAGUUUUGGACGAGUUGUUAGCUUUAAUUAAUCGCAGGCUCAAGUUUAUGUUUUUCAGUCAUAUGGUUCUCUCCUAAGGUCAAGUGUAGAUUUGUGUAUUCCUUUGCAUUGGUUUAAUGUGCAUUCUCUGAAGUAAACCCUUUUGAAAUGCAUAAACUGGAGCUUCGAUUUUAGCACUGGCUAAAUCUAUAUACAUUAAUUUUCAUUGCCAAAAGGUUCUUGUGGAUCGAAGCCUCCUCUCACUCGUAUCGUGGGUGGCAAGCCUGCAGCUGAGAACAGCUGGCCAUGGCAAGCAAUGUUGAUAACCACGUCUGGAAGGCAGUUCUGUGGAGGAUCACUGAUUCAUCCUUUGUGGGUUGUAACUGCUGCUCACUGCGUCAGUGGAUCUUCACCAUCUAGAGUAAAAGUGAAGUUAGUAAUCUUUCUUUACUCAAUUGAAUCUUUUUGCGAAUCGAAUGAUCUGCCAGUAUUGCGAAGUCGUUAUGUUAAUAAGCUUUCACGGUCUAAAUAAUAAGUAAAUGUUCUCAAACUACAGCAUUUCAUAGCCUGAGAAAACAGCUGGCAUUUCGAGACGCCACGGGUUGUUUCCCCGCGAAAUGAGAAACGAGAGUAGACCUGUCACUAGCCAGGUCUGGGUAGUGCUUCUGAUUGGUCGAGCCGCGUGGGAAAUUUCCUUCAGCUAAUCAGAAGCACUAUCCAGAUCUAGGUAAUGAAACGUCAUCAGUAUGGAAUUUCUGCGUCUGUUUCUCAGACGUCAACGGUGGCGUCGCGAAAGGUUGGCUUUUUUUUCUCCGACUACUGCAACAAUUACAAUAGGAUUUUAACAGCCCUAAACUAUAUAUAAAACAGCAACUUCUUAAGGAAAAAAAUUUGAAAAAAGGCUUUAUUUAAGCCGUGGUCGACAUCUGCUGAAUAGGUUGAAUCGUCUAAGGUUUUUUUUCCUUUUCAGAAUGGGAGCUCACUUCAGAACUAGUGACCCCGUCGGAACUGAGCAGACCAUCAACGUCGCUCAAAUUAUUUUGCAUGAAAAAUACCAUAAGCCUUUGCGAUACGCUCACGAUAUUGCGCUGCUCAAGCUUGCCAAACCUGCUGUUCUUGGGAAAGGAGUUGGACUCGUUUGCCUUUCAAAUCCAAACAACCCUCUUCCAAUCGACAAUCUUAACAAGAAAUGCUGGAUAACCGGAUGGGGAACUUUAACAUCGGGUGGCAGCCAACCUAAAGUGCUCCAGGAAGCUUCAGUUCCAUUGGUUUCUAAAAAGCGAUGCUUGAGAGCCUAUCCAGGUAAAAUUGGCGACUCCAUGAUAUGCGCAGGUCUGGACAAGGGAGGAGUUGAUUCGUGCCAGGGUGACAGUGGUGGACCACUGGUCUGCGAGUUCAACGGCAAAUGGCACCUGGAAGGAGUGACUAGUUGGGGAUACGGAUGUGCCGCUCCCAACAAAUUUGGUGUCUACGCAAGGGUUGGAUACGUGAGAUCGUGGGUACUAAGCAAAACCGGCAUUACCCCUCCAUCGACCCCUUCACCACCCACACCUCCGCCACCGCAGUCAGGUAUGUAUCUGUAAGAAGCUUAUUAAUGUAGCAUCUUAACAAAGUUAAGUGGCAACAAGACUUUGAGGAGGUCAUCCACAAGCAAUGCAAAUCGUCGGUGCAAAGGGACAAAUCUAACAUCUUACAACCUGAGAAUUAAGUCAGCCGUCUUUUCUUAAACUAUACUCCCUUGCAGCAGGCGAUGAGCUGAGAACAAAUAGUAAGGCUGUAUUCGCAGGCUAAACAUAUUAAAAAUAGGCUGUAAGUCUUAAGAUCAGUAGGAAAUUCCGGGAAACUUCCCAUCUGCCAUAUUCCUAACAAACACUUUCCCUUAUGGGAAAAAUCAUUGUUAACGUUUGGUCAAGGAAGGGGUAGGUAGGCAGUUCAGUUUAAAAUGUUACAUCUCUUACUGAUCUCCAAAUUUGAUGCCUUCUAGUUUUUCAGAUUUUGAUUUAUUCGCAGUUACAGCACUUUUAGAAUACACCGUGAGUUACACCGCUUCGCCUUUGUCUCUCAUCAGCAAACUUUGAUUGGUUUUUGCAGGAUGCUCUUUUGACAGUGGAUUGUGUCCUGGUAUGUCACAGUCUGCCGCUGAUAAGUUUGAUUGGAGGAUCAGAAGUGGCGCCACGCCUUCUAGCGGAACCGGUCCCACUUCCGGGCAUGGCGGGAAAGGUAACUUUACCAACUUGAAGCAGUAAACCUCAGCUCAUCUCCUAAUUUUUUAUAAAAGCGCUCGUUUUCUGUACCGUUCAAAUUACCAAUGAAGAUAAAUCAUGUGUUGCUUGAAAUAAAUUUGCAAACAAUUUUGUGCCAUUAGAUAAAAUUUUAACUCUCCUAUCUUAACUUAGAAAGUGGAACAGAGGAACUUUAAAAAUAGAGGACCGUACCUGUUUAAAUUAAGAAAUUUACAAAAUUGGACUUUCUUGAUACUUAACUAUCUUUAGUUACGUUUGAUCACAGGCUUCAGCCAUAUAAUUUGAUAUCAUUCUGCAAGACUUUCUUUGACGCACCUUUCGCACAUGCAAUACCAUACAUAUUUGACCACUGUUUCAUGCCUUCCCAGCGCCACCUUCAAGCUUAUAAACUUUUAAAAACUGUGUACGAAGCCAUAGAAUUUAGAAAAAUAUUUGAAGAUUGGUAUGUCAGUAGAUGGUUAACCAAAUCUUCGUGUUCUCUAUACAUCAUUCAAAAUUUUAUUCUUAUUUUUUCGUUGGACUGCAGGGUCCUACAUCUACUUCGAAACCUCUUCUCCCGCUGUAUCAAGUGACAACGCUAAGCUUUUACUCACUAUUCCCGGAGGAGCUGCUUGUCUCGUUUUCUAUUAUCAUAUGUUUGGAUCAGGAAUGGGCACGCUGAAUGUUUUCGAUGGAAGCACCAACGUUUUUACCAAGACUGGUAACAAAGGGAAUGCCUGGCAUAAAGCUGAAGUAACCGUAAGCUCCAACAAAGUGAGUGCAUUUCUGUUAACUUAUAACUGUUGAACGAACUGUCACUGAUCAGCAUAAGUAACAGUACCUGCAAUAAAUGAAACAAGUAAUGCCAGUAGGACUCGUCUUCUGUUAACCUGGGCCAGGGGUUGGGGCUCACUCCCUUAUGUAGCUUAAAUUGUUAUGUGUCUUUGAACAGGGUUUGGUUUAUAAUGUUUUAAGUUUGCUAGUGAGCGUCUUAAACACGGUGUGAUUUUGGACCGGAAGCUUUUAAAAGAGUGUGAAGAUCUGCGAUGAACGUUUUAAUAAAAUGUUAAUUUAAAUUCGCGCCGAUCUAAUUUUCGUUGUCUCGCUUAAGAGAGAUUCCAGUCGAUUUCAAAUUCUACUUUCUUUGUCACUUUUUUGUUUUGCUGAUUUGUGUUGGAUUUAGCUAACUUUUGAGGGAAUCAAAGGAACGUCCUGGCGAUCAGAUAUUGCAAUUGAUGACGUUUCCGUAAAGCCAGGAAGCUGCGGAGGAGGGCCAGUACCACCGACACCACCACCCCCAAGCACUCCACCCCCACCCUCCCCAGGACCAGGUUUGUACCUAAACAUUAUGCUAAUUAAAAAGAGAAAUCUGUCUUUGAAAAUAGUGGUUAAUUGGGCUUGGUUUCUUUAACCGGGCUGCUACCUCCAAGACCAGGCUUGUACCUAACGUUAUGCUGAUAAACGAAUUUGACAAAUUUGUCUUUGCAAAUAAUUGGGGAUGAUUUCAUUAGCCGGGCUGCUUCUGUUUGCUGGGAUUGCUAACUUUGCCUUGGUGACUAUCACUGUAUUACAUGAACCCAGAGUUCUCAUGUUCCACGGCAGUCUGGCCGUUGCAGUCUCGGGUGUAGUAUGUUGCACUGCUGUCAGUGCUGGUAUGGUCUGAUGGUUGUUGAGCGUGACUACCGUGGUGGAAAGUUUCCAGCUCGGAACUUCCAGGCUUUAUGAUAGCCAUCUAUCUUUCAAUUUUUUUUACUGAACAGGGAUUUUGACCUGGAUAAUAAUCAGUUUACUAACCAAUCAAUCCAUAAAAUCAAUAACGUCAUGAUUAUGCAAGCCGAACAUUAUAAAACAUUAUAAAACAUUAUAAAAAUUAAAGAAUAACCAGCGCUUGGAGGUGGUAAAUUGACGUUGGAGAAUCAAGUUUAGCCUUUGAUCGACCAUGAAACAUUCAUGGAGUAAAAUGAUCUGAAUUCUAAAUUAUUUGUUUUCAGGAUGUGUGGAUAAUCCGAAAUAUGCAGACAUUUGCCCAUCUAUUGCCACGUGUGGACAAUUCUGUAGCAAGAACCAAGUAUGGGCGAAGAAAAACUGUCCUAAGUCCUGUAACAUGUGUCCUCCUGGUAUGUUUCAUACUAACAGCUGAAUUCUUAGUGGAAAUACAGCCAACUUUCUUCAUUUCUUCUUUAUUCCUGCCGUUUUCAGCCUUCUUAACUCUAAUUAAGUAGGACACAAGUCCCCUCAUUUGCCAGCCCUAACGAUUUUUGCCUAGUACCCUUACAGACGGUUGUCGGUAUCUCUAGUUAUUGAGCAGGCUCAUGUGCAUUUUAUAAAGUUGUUCAUUCGAGUCAUUCCAGAAAGGUUUCACUGCCGGAAAGUGACAAUACCCAAGAGCAUCAUGGGUAGUUAUUAAUUCACAACGUACGCGCGUAUCAGGGGUUUAUUUAGAUUCUCAGAUCUAGAUGAUAUUACAGACUACCCUAUUGAUCUUGUGGCGUAUAUUCUUACAGUUAAAAAGAAAAAAAAAUUCUCCAUGAAUAGGACAGAGCUAAAUAUAGUAUCAUGUUCAAGAUUAGUUGUCCCACACAGGGCCCUUUGUGGAAUACAUUUUCGAUCUCUUAAACUUUUAGUGUGUGCGGAUAAUCCGACAGUAUGCUGUCAAUUUUUUGUCUAUCUAUUGCUGCCUGUGGAAGUUACUGCAACGAUCACAAAGUAUGGGCACUCAUAAAAUGCCCAAAGUCCUGCAACAUGUGUCCUCCUGGUACGUUCAUUACAUGGCAAUACUACUGUUCACUACUGUAGUCUAAUUAUUCUAUUAUGUUAUCAGCUAGAACCGGUGCAUUUGAACACCUACCCUUAAGAAGGCUGGGGGAGACAGGGACAGAGUGGAACUAAGACUCACUAACCUUCUUCCAAUUUUUUUUCAUCUUACAGUUCUUUGCCUAUGCCUGAUUGAGUAACAAACUGAAAUCCUUUAACGUCACGAUUUAUACCUCCCUAAAAAUCCGCUACAAGAAACUAACUAUACAAAUCUUAGCUCUUCUUUCCUUGGAGGGGUGCGCGCGCUACAAUAGCUGUACAAUAACAUAGUUUACUUGCGUAAGGAAGCAACGUAAAGUUGGUUUUAAUAUUAAAAUAAUUUAAACAGGUCCAGCUACACCGGCUCCACCUGCGUCAUGUGGCAGAUCCCCCGUAACAAGAGUUAUUGGUGGAGUUGACGCCAAACCAGGAAAUUGGCCCUGGCAGGUAAAUGUUGUAAUAACGAAAGGAUUACCCCGUUCACAUAAUUCUCUUUACAUAUAAUAUUUCACGAACAGAAAACCAUGGAAAUACUUAUUUGGCACAAGACAAAUACAAUGGAACCUCGAUAUAAUGAACCACUAUAUCACGAAGUCCUAGCUAUAACGAACGAUUUUCUUUACCCCAGAGAUAGCUAUAGUAACAUACAUGAAAAAAAACCUCGAUAUAACAACUUCUUUAUAGCAAACAAGGUUUUGCCAGUCCCUUGGCUCUUCGUUAUAUUGAGGCUUCACUGUACGUACUUCUCUAAGUAGAUGAAUUUUACAAAGUGUCACUGAAGCUACAAAAAAGGCAAAAGGCUUGCAGGUGCAUCUGAUAUAGCACCUCGAGUUUAAAGUAAACAAAUGUGGGCUGCCUUCCUCUUUUUUUAGAUAUACUUGAGUAUUAGCUGGAUAAACACUCUCCCCUUUUCUUGCUUGAUAUUUCACUUUCGACUAUUUCUUAUAUGCGUUCAUUUUUUAGUAGAAUACAAAUGCCACCCCUACAUGAUUUCAAUUUCUCAGUAAUUUUUGAAAUAGUUUUUUGUUUAUAUGCUUUUUAUUUUGUUGCAUAGAUCGCUCUCCUCAAAGGAAGUUCGAAGUCGUUCAGCUGUGGUGGCUCACUGAUCGCUCCUGACUGGGUUGUUACAGCAGCGCAUUGUAUUUCCCGGGGACAGUAAGUUCAGUGAAACGCCAUUAAUUAAUAUCACCUCUAAAAGGCUUUGAAAAUCUGUCAUUUCAAAUUAGUAACUAAAGGCGGAUAGUGUUGACGAGGUUACAAAGUGACUUUAGAAUUAUAUUAAGACGAAGUCGGUUGUAUAAAACGUGGGGUUUUGAUAUAAGUAGGAGAUCCAUUACUUAAAUUGAAAUUUUAAGUUAAAUUAAACGUGAAAUUCUAACUACCUACUGGCUACUUAGUAAACUGUUAAACUAUCCUCUUCCUUUAAAAUAAGCGCAUCAUUAUAAAGUUUUGGCUUUGGAAAAAGCAAAAGAGCAAAAAAAGGUUAAUAAAUUACUUAUGGAAAAUACUCAGGCCGGUUUGCUACUUGCAGUGGAAUAAAUCCCCGGUAAGGCGAAAUGACGUCAUUCAUGUACGUUAAGUUAACUGACUACUUAAACCAGUUUAAAGGAGAUCUUUGUCUUUUUAUGAUAACAGGCCAGCUAGUUUCUAUACCGUUCGUUUGGGAGAAUACAACCGUCGUGUUUCCGAAGGAACUGAACAAGAUAUAAAAGCUAAACGUGUUAUAGUUCAUCCUGGAUAUUCUUCAAGUAAACUCGACAAAGACAUCGCUUUGAUCCAGCUUUCUAAGCCGGCAACCUUAAACAGUCGAGUUGGAACGGUUUGCCUUCCUGUUCAGGACGAAAUGGUUCCCACAUCCUCUAGAUGCUUUAUUUCCGGUGAGUUGAAAGACAAACUAUGAAUUUUUAUAACCUCAGAUAUUCAGGAAAGAGUAAAGGUGCUUACAACCUCUAUGCGACACAGUUCGCCCCAUAUGAGGGAAUCUGGAUCCUGGAAUACGGAAAAACUUUGCUUUUGGAAUCCGGAAUCCCGUGCUUUUGAAUCCAGAAUCCUGCUAAGGAUUGGAAUCCGGAAUCCAAGUUCCACUGACAGACUGGAAUCCAACAUCCGGAAUCCGAAAUUCACUGCUUGGAAUCCAGAAUCCAAGACUGUCUUGGAUUCCCUUCCGUGGGGCGACACAAUUAUAUUUUCACUUGAAACGUCUAAGGUCAUAUUUUAAAUAAAUAGACUUUGAUGCUCUCUAAAAGAAAACGUAAACUUUAUUAUUGAAUGAAACAGGUAUGACGUCAUGUCCUGUUGACAUGGGAUUUUACUAACAAAACGAUCAAGUGAAGGCACGCCUGCCUGACUUGUAUGAUCAGUGUCUACUUGAAUUUUCCCCGUUCCCGACGCAUAUUGUUUUUAAACUCCUCGACUACAUGCCACUUAAGGAUGGGCCAUUAGAAAGGUGAAUUCGAAGUGAAGGGGAAAAGGUCGGAAAAAAACAAUACUUUAAAAAUUCACGAGAAAAAAUUAUACAUACAGCUGGAUCGUGGAGAAAAAGCAGACAAGCUAAGAAAAAAAAAAAACAAACAACCAUUCACACAUAGCGAACCAAAACAAACAAGUAAACACGAAAAGCAGAAACAUCCCCAUCCGUUUCACUUUUCUCUCAAGGCAAUAGAAAGAACAAAAGAUUUCAUAACAAACUUUUGUAAAAACGCAUGUCUAAUCACUUUUACAAUUCUAAUCACGAAAGCACAAAUAAUAAUGCAAAUUUUCUCUAGAUUUUAAAAGUAAAAUGCGGUAUGAAUCUUCGUUGUGGGUAAUCAAAGAAGCCACAAGAGUUAUAUUGGUUAUGUUUGCUGUUAAAUAAUGGUAAUAGGACUGAGUGGAGUCCAAUUCGGUCUGUCCGAUUUCAGUGUAUAAUCACGAAUAUAAUUACAACCCGAAUUUGACGACACGAAUUCCCCACAAAUUUAAAUCAUAGCUAUAACAAAAUUUAUGAUGUUUUAGACACACAGGAAAUUCCAAGGGUUUUUUUAUUAGACGUGAAGAAAAAGUGCGCGCGUGUGAUGGCGCGCACUGUUCAAUUAUUAGGAACUUUAAUAUCCAACUACGCGACGGCAACGAAGACGUCGCUUAAAAAGAGAAUUUGAGUUCUUUCAGUCUUUAUUGCAAUUAUUCCUACCCACUGACUUUGUCAAACGUAGGCGAACCUUCCUGGAAUUUAAUUCCGAGGGACCAUAUCCAAGUUCAAAAAGAGAAAAAAAAUUUCGUCGUUGCUUGUUUAUGUCCUGAAUAAAAUGCGAAAUUAGGCAUUUUCACGUCGGCAAACGGGCAAAGAAAUGUACGAAAAGUGUGAUGCAAGUGCAAAGUUCCUAAUUAGAAAUGCGCCUACUGUCCUAUCACACUGUCCUAUUAGUGCUGAAAUCAGGAUAGUUGAUAGCCAAUCAGAUUUGAGAACUUUGCAAUAGUUAUGAUUAAGACUGAAAUAAUGCGUUUAAACUUACCUUGAAUUCAUUCUUUCUAAUAGGAUGGGGUAAGAUAAAACAUCCUGGAUCUUCCCAUCAUAUUCUUCAACAAGCUGAGAUACCUCCGUUGACAAAUAGCGUAUGUCAAGCAAAAUUGUCCACAUCAUCAGGUAUACUACGCUAAAUACUUGUAGUUUUGAAUUGUUGAAAAAAAAAAAUCAGAUAGCAAUCAAACGUGCCAUGAUUAUAUGUGCUCAGUGUGAGCUGUAGGGACCAAAUAUUUGUGAACAAUUUUCCGUCUUCUAGGGGAACAGCUUUGGUUGUUUCGUUCUUUUCGUCUCAAUUAACCAUCACCGCGCUAUUCGAAUUCCGUACUGAGCAGUCGUUAACAAUGUAUCGUUAAUUUUCUAUCUUAUAUCGCCCUUGCCGUAAAUCGUAUACGCCCGAGUCAUCUUACUAGAAAACCCCUUUCAGAGGAAGGAGCCUAAUAAUUCCCUGAGUGUUGGUUGAAAGUCAAGUCAUUUAUUAAUAAGGUCUGACAAGCUUUAUUCAAUCGGAAAUAGUUAUUGAAAGAGUAAUUAAGAAAAAAAGGAAAAGAAAAUCGAUGUCCCUCAGAAAAAGGUCAACGUCAAUUUGUUUCACGUGACCAAAUUCUAUUACAGUGGAACCUCAUAAUAAAGAGGGGCCAACGGACUGGCGAAAUUUGUUCGCUUUAACGAGGUUCUUUUCCUUACAAUUUACUAUCACUAGGUAAAGAAAAUCGUUCGUUAUACCGAGGACUUCGUUAUAUAGAGAUCCGUCAUAAGGUUCCACUGUAUUUACUUUUCCUUUACUGUUCAAUCACUUAAAAGAAACAGUUGCACCCCUUAUUAUCUCUUGGUUUCACAUCAGGUUUCCUGAUUGCACUGUUUUAUCCGCUUAUUUCCGUGAUUCUUAACCUGUUAUUAUAAUCCAAUCAAUUAAGCUGAAAUGAAUAAGGUCAGUUUAAUUUAGUAGGCUUUGAUAAUUAUAAUUUGUUUUUUUUAAUUUUUUCUGUAGUUGGAACCUUUCUUAAAAUUACCCCACACAUGCUCUGCGCAGGCAAAAGUGGAACUAUCCUUAGUGGUUGCCAUGGAGACAGCGGUGGUCCUUAUGUUUGUCAAGGAGCCAAUGGAAAUUGGGUUCUACAGGGUGACGUCAGUUGGGGAUCCUCGAAAUGCUCAGCGAAAGAACUAUACACUGUAUUCGGACGGGUGGCUAAGUUCAGGAAUUGGAUCGACCAGACCAUGAAAUCUUAA